GCACAGGGAUAAAAUGCCAGUACAACUUUUUCAAACAUGUACAUUUUAAUGCUGUUCUUCUACGCUACCAUUUCGUGCACGUUUACAUACACAUUACAACGCUAACGUAAAUGACAGAUAGAUGUUAAUGUUAACGCGUGACGUGACAAACUUAGUCACUUCUCAAGACACUGCAGCUAGCUUACUUUCUUGCUAGGGACUGCUAGCCCAACGGGGCAGAACAGAAAAGGUGGUAAAUUGCUUUAAUGCUGAAAUGCAGGCAACUACGAUGGAUCCAGCAGAAGAACCUCCCUCUAUGUUAUGGGGACUGGAUCCAAUCUUUUCUGCCUUUGCCAGGCUGUAUGUCAGAGACAUCCUGCAGAUGACAGAGUCCACACAGGUGCCAGGUAUUUACUUUUACAACUCACAUCCAGUCUACAAAGUUGAUGUACUUGGGACAGUAGUUUACAAGAGAGAAAGAGAAGACUUCUUCUGUUAUGGAGUGGAUGAUGGUACUGGUGUUAUAAACUGCCUGUGCUGGAAAAAAUACCAGUUAAAAGAGGAGGAGGAUCCUGGUAAAUCAGGGGGAAAGCACAGUGAUGCAGCUAAAGGAGGCUUCGACCCAGUCGCUGAGCUGAAGAAGCUGAGAGAGGGCCAAAAGAACCGCUCCUGCUUAGAGAUUGGAGAGCUGCUCCGAAUAAGAGGACUGGUCAAAACGUCGAGGCAACAGAGAGAAAUCAUGGCCUCCACCUACUAUAAGGUGAACGACCCAAUGAUGGCGCUCCAGAUAGCGUGGAUGAUGGAGGUUCCUCAGCUCUACAGACAGUGCUAUGACAAACCGCUUCAGCUGCAACUUAAUGCAGAUGGUGACACUACCAUCAGUUCCCUCAGCAAGGCAACCAAUAUCAUCAAGGAUUUCUUUAAACAGAAGUCAGUGAGCAGGUUCAGACCCUAUGACGUUCAGGACUUGCUGCAGCCUCUCAUCUCUAGCCAGCCUCAAACUACAUCUGCUGACCAGGAGCCAGUGGCAAGUGUGUCUGCCUGCCAGCAGCUACGCCAGCUUCUGAAGGAAACGCUGGAACUGUUACAGAACGAGGGUAUCAUAUACCGCAAGGUCAAGUCUCAGGAUGAAGUCUAUAAUGUAACUGCACAGGAUACAGAUCUACUUAUAGCGGUACAAGACAUUAUCAGGGAAGACUCAAAGAGAGAGAAGUAUGCAGAGAAGGGUUGCCACGUCCUGCACAUCCUGUCUGCAGUCAAGCAGCGGUACAGCCUUAAUGUGAGCAAGGCAGCGCUGGAGCUGGUCCUCAAAUCUCUGGAGUGCAACAGUGACAUUGUCAGCACCACUGACAACCAUUACACGGUGUUUUAACUCAAGUACAGUGAGGUUGGGAACCCUCGAUUACUGUACUUAAUAUUAGUACAUGGCUUAUUGCUCCAAAAUGUGAGUGACCAUUAUGAUUAAAUAAAUCAUGCGAUUUGUAUUCUUGUGUUUAUCGUGAGCCUUUUCCUGGCUCCACAUUUGGUGUAUUUUAUAUCACUGCUAUUAUAUUUUGUAAGUGUGCUAAGGUUAAAUACUAAGUUAUUUAACAGACAUGUCUUAGAACAUGGACAUCAGGGAAGUGUUCGGGACCACUGUUGAAAAUAUUUAUGAUACUUUAAUAACUUUUUCUAACCACUUAUUAAAUUGGCAAAUUGAUAUUUUCUCA